AUUAUAAAACACACUUCCUCUUCAUUUAGUCCUUGGUUUUAUAUUUUGUUUCUAAUUAAAAUCUGCAAUUAUAUAUCUUUUCUCUCUCUGAAUCUGAUUAACUUUCCCUCUCUAUCUUAUCUUUCUUCAAUCCUCCACCGGAAUCUCAACGAUGAAGCUGUCGGCAGCGAGGGCGAGGCGGUGGUGGGCGACGGGGAUGGUGCCGCCGGCGGAAUGGUGAACUGGCAGAUACAUUUGCUCGAGCAACUUGUAUUGCAUCAGCCACCAAUGGCAAUGGCCACAACCCUUCAUCCAUCUUCUACUCUCUUAGUCCCCACAGGCCAAAAAGAAUCUAAACCCAUAGCCACAAACCCAUCACCCAAAACCCUGAAAGAGUUGAAGCAGUUACACUGUGACAUGAUGAAGAAAGGCCUGUGUCACAAGGCUAGUACUGAACUUAACAAGCUUGUUGCUUCCUGUGUCAAGAUAGGUAUCCAUGAGAGCUUGGACUAUGCUCAAAAUGCUAUCAUGGAUGCUGAAGGUAGCAUGGGUAAUUCAUUGUUCAUGUGCAACUCUCUCAUUAGAGGUUAUGCUUCAGCUGGGCUAGGUGACCAAGCAAUCUUGUUUUACAUUCACAUGGUGGUAGUCAUGGGCAUUGUCCCUGACAAGUUCACUUUCCCAUUUUUGCUCAGUGCAUGUUCUAAGAUUAUGGCACUUUCUGAGGGUGUUCAAGUUCAUGGGGUUGUUGUCAAGAUGGGUUUGGAGGAAGAUAUCUUUAUCAGGAACUCUUUGAUACACUUUUAUGCUGAGUGUGGGAAACUUGGGUUAGGACGAAAGGUGUUUGACGGAAUGCCUGAGAGAAAUGUUGUGUCUUGGACUAGUUUGAUCAAUGGUUAUGUUGGGAGGGACAUGGCUAAGGAGGCUGUUUCUCUGUUCUUUGAGAUGGUUGAAGCUGGUGUUGAACCCAAUCCUGUGACCAUGGUUUGUGUUAUAUCUGCUUGUGCCAAGUUGAAGGAUUUUGAAUUGGGUAAAAAAGUGAGCUCUUUUAUUAGUGAGUUGGGUGUGAAACUAAAUACACUCAUGGUGAAUGCACUGGCUGAUAUGUACAUGAAAUGUGGAGAUAUAUCCACUGCCAGACGAGUUUUUGAUGAAUGUACUGAUAAGAAUCUGGUUAUGUACAAUACUGUCAUGUCAAAUUAUGUGCACCAUGGGCUGGCCAGUGAAGUGCUACUGAUUUUGGAUGAAAUGCUGCAAACAGGACCAAGGCCGGAUAAGGUAACGAUGUUAUCUACUAUUGCAGCCUGUGCACAGUUAGGUGAUCUUUCUGUUGGGAGGUCUUCCCAUGCUUUUGUUUUGCGGAAUGGACUUGAAGGUUGGGAUAACAUUUCCAACGCCAUCAUUGACAUGUACAUGAAAUGUGGCAAAAGAGAAACUGCUUGUAAAGUUUUUGAGCACAUGUCAAACAAGACGGUGGUGACAUGGAACUCCUUAAUUGCAGGUUUGGUUAGAGACGGUGAUCUGGAAUUAGCUUGGAGAAUCUUUGAUGAGAUGCCAGAAAGGGAUCUCGUCUCCUGGAACACCAUGAUUGGUGCCAUGGUUCAAGCAAGCAUGUUUGUGGAAGCAAUUGAGCUAUUCAGGGAGAUGCAGAACCAGGGCAUUGGAGGAGAUAGAGUGACAAUGGUGGGCAUUGCUUCUGCUUGUGGAUAUUUAGGAGCUCUUGAUCUUGCUAAGUGGAUCUAUACUUACAUUGAGAAAAAUGAUAUUCACAUUGACAUGCAGCUUGGCACAGCCUUGGUUGACAUGUUUUCAAAGUGUGGCGAUCCUCCAAGCUCUAUGCAUGUGUUCAAAAAAAUGGAAAAACGCGAUGUCUCUGCGUGGACUGCUGCCAUCAGAAUUAUGGCAGUGGAGGGAAAUGCAAAAGGGGCCAUUGAGCUUUUCAAUGAAAUGCUCAAGCAAGGAGUGACACCAGACGAUUUUGUUUUUGUGGCACUAUUGACAGCAUGUAGUCAUGGUGGAUAUGUGGACCAAGGGAGACAACUUUUUCAGUCAAUGGAAAAGAACUACAGAAUAAGCCCUCAAAUCGUUCACUAUGGAUGCAUGAUUGAUUUGCUUGGUCGAGCUGGGUUGCUGGAAGAGGCUCUUGAUCUCAUACAGAGCAUGCCAAUGGAACCUAAUGAUGUUGUGUGGGGAUCUUUUCUAGCAGCUUGUCGGAAACACAAGAAUGUUGAAUUGGCUCAUUAUGCAGCUGAGAAGUUAACUCAAUUGGCCCCUGAAAGAGUGGGGAUUCAGGUGCUGUUAUCUAAUAUCUAUGCAUCAGCUGGAAAAUGGACUGAUGUAGCAAGAGUAAGGUUGCAAAUGAAGGAGAAAGGGGUUCAGAAAGUGCCUGGAUCAAGCUCAAUAGAGGUUCAAGGUCUGAUUCACGAGUUCACAUCUGGUGACGAAUCACAUGCAGAGAACAAGCAAAUUGAAUUAAUGCUACAAGAAAUAAACUGCAGGCUGAGCCAGGCAGGGUUUGUUCCUGAUACAACCAAUGUCUUGGUCGACGUCGAUGAGCGCGAGAAGGAGCAUUUGCUCGCCAGGCAUAGUGAGAAGCUAGCCAUGGCUUAUGGAUUAAUCACUACUGCUCAAGGCAUACCUAUACGGGUAGUGAAAAAUCUUAGAAUGUGUUCUGAUUGUCACUCAUUUGCGAAGCUAGUAUCAAAACUAUACCAUAGGGAAAUUACUAUUAGAGAUAAUAACAGGUAUCAUUUUUUCAAGGAAGGAUCAUGUUCUUGUAGAGAUUUUUGGUGAUAAAAUUACAAAUAGGAACUUCUGGUUUACAAAUCAACUUCACUCCUUGCAACUAAAGUUUAUAUUUAUGGCCUU